CGUAAGGUAGAAAAAUGACAUUCGCGAGGUCGUCUGAAACCAAAGGGGUGUGUUAGGCCUAGUUAGCACGAGACACGUGAAUUUGCAGUAUUUUCUAUAUUAGAAUGGCUGGAAUUGUGAGAAAAAUCAUUCAGACUUCCAAAGCCCCAGCAGCUAUUGGUUCAUACAGCCAAGCAGUACGUGUAGGCGAGACGCUGUAUGUAUCCGGACAGAUAGGGUUAAAUCCAACAACAGGUGUGAUGGUGGAAGGUGGUGUUGUCCCGGAGACACAGCAGGUGAUGAAAAAUAUGGGAGCCAUUUUGGAGGCUGCUGGAGCAUCAUUUGACAACGUUGUUAAAGCAACAGUGAUGGUGGAAGAUAUCAACGACUUCACAGCUGUAAACACAGAGUAUGCUAAACAUUUCUCUGCAAACUUCCCGGCAAGGGCUCUAGUACAAGUAGCAGCUCUCCCUAGGGGUGCCAAAGUAGAAAUAGAUGCUAUUGCCAUUGUGGGACCGAUUACAGAAGAGAAAUAAUAUCAACCGACCACAACCGGAAGUGUAGGAGCCAAUACAGAGCUGUGUGACAAUAUCCCUUAUUACUACAUCAGUGUUUGUCAAUAUUUUGAAAAUAUUCCAAGAACUCUUUAAUUACUACAUGCUUGUUAUACCAAUACUGUUUAAAAGGCUUGUUUAGUACACUAUGUUAUAAUAAAUUUCCAGUCACUAAACAUGCUAUUAUAUAGGUCGUAAUCAAUAGUUUGUUACUGGCCAAUGUCUAGUUACUAAACAUGUUAUAUGUCGUGAUCGAUAGUUUGUUACUAGCCAAUGUCUAGUUACUAAACAUGUUAUAUGUCGUGAUCGAUAGUUUGUUACUAACCAAUGUCUAGUUACUAAACAUGUUAUAUGUCGUGAUCGAUAGUUUGUUACUAGCCAAUGUCUAGUUACUAAACAUGUUAUAUGUCGUAAUCGAUAGUUUGUUACUGGCCUAUGUCUAGUUACUUAACAUAUUAUAUGUCGUAAUCGAUAGUUUGUUACUAAACAUGUGAUAUGUCGUAAUCGAUAGUUUGUUACUAAACAUGUUAUAUGUCGUAAUCGAUAGUUUGUUACUAAACAUGUUAUAUGUCGUAAUCGAUAGUUUGUUACUAACCAAUGUCUAGUUACUAAACAUGUUAUAUGUCGUAAUCGAUAGUUUGUUAGUAAACAAGUCUAGUUACUAGCCAUGUUAUAUGUCGUAAUCGAUAGUUUGUUAGUAACAAGUUUAGUUACUAAUCAUGUUAUAUGUCGAAAUCGAUUGUUUGUUACUUAACAAGUUAUAUGUCGUAAUCGAAAGGUUUGUUACUUAACAAGUUUAGUUACUAAACAUGUUAUAUGUCGUAAUCGAUAGUUUGUUACUAACCAAUGUCUAGUUACUUAACAUGUUAUUUGUCGUAAUCGAUAGUUUGUUACUAAACAUGUUAUAUGUCGUAAUCGAAAGGUUUGUUACUAAACAUGUUAUAUGUCGUAAUCGAUAGUUUGUUACUAGCCAAUGUCUAGUAACUAAACUUGUUAUAUGUCGUAAUCGAUUGUUUGUUACUAAACAUGCUAAACAUUGUUGGUUUUAUAGUGCGUCUGGUGUUUGUACAAUAUAAAUUCCUAUAUUUUUUAACGGAAAUAAAUCUUUAAACAUAGAA